CAACCAAUUGACCACAGUCAGCUAACGGUGCUCUUGCCUUGAGAACACAAUAACAUAACACAUAAAGAGACGUGAAGAAGUUCCGCAGACCAAAGCAGCAGCAGCAUCCCCCAGUACACGAAUAGCGACACAAUGAACCGCUUUCAACACCUGCUUUCUGUGUGCGCCAUCGCAAUGAUUGCGUGCAGCACGACAGCCUAUGCUUCAUAUGGCUCACAAGGAUCGGCUGGCGGUUAUGGUAGCGGCGGCAGUGGUGGAGGUGGUGUCGGCGGUGGCGGUGCUAUCGGUGGUGGUGCCGGUAUUGGCGGCGCUGGUGGUAUCGGUGGUGAUGCGCUCAGUGGCAUCAUUCAGGGCAUCGGCUCGGGUUCCAUCCAAGGUGAUGGCAACGGUGUGCCCAGUCCAUGUGGUAAAAUCUUACCUGCCCAAAGCAUUCCCUACUCGCUGGGUCAACGCGCCAAUACAGUUAGCUCUUCGAUCACCUACCCACAAAACAAGGGUGAAAUCCUUAUCCAUCGCCCAGCGGCCAUCAUUGUCAAGCGUCCACCCACCAAGGUGUUGGUCAAUCACCCUCCACUAGUUGUAAAGCCCGCACCAGUUGUCUUGCACAAACCUCCAGCAGUUGUAUUGCGCAAGGUCUACGUCAAGCAUCACCCACGUCCAGUUAAGGUGGAGCCCGUCUACGUUAACGUUGUAAAACCACCAGCAGAGAAAUACUUUGUUAACGAGAAACAACAAAAAGCUUACAGCAGCGGUUAUGGCAGUGGUUAUGGUGCUGGUGCUGGUGGUAAUGCUGGCGGUGCCGCCGGUGGCUCGAACGCUGAAGCCGCUGGUUAUCAGCUUUUGCAGGGUAGCCAAGGAUUAGCAGCUUUGGCCAACAUCGCCAAUGCAGGACAAGGUGGCUACGACGGUGGUUAUGCCGCUAGUGCCGCUCCACAAGGUGGCUACAAUGCCGGUAGCGCACCACAAGGCAGUUAUGGUGCAGCAGCUCCUCAAUACUAAAAUUUCGAUUUCAUAGCGAAUUUGUUUAGGUUAUUACCUCAAGUUUAGUGUAAGGAGUUAUGAUGUCAUAAGAGAUGACAACAUCUGUCCACAGGUCGGAAGGUUGAUGGAACCUGUUCAUUUUUUUAUACUGCGCCAAAGAGUGCCAAUAAAAUGUUUUUUUAUGAAAAUUUUAA